GCGUUUGUCUAAUCAAUUUGAACGUAAAUGACUUAUAUCGUGACAAAGUUCCUGAAUGUCCGUCGCGAGGAGUAACGCGAUCACGAGUUACACAAGUUUUCGUAGAAAAAUUGAUUACUUGAUCAUUUUAUACGUUUCGCGAAUUUGAAUAAAGUACAUGCUCAGUCACUCUCGAGCUCACUGAGACAAGUGCUGGAUAACCGUGAGUUACAGUCAAGAGAAAAUCUUGCUACAAUACUGUGUAGGCUUUCUAUUUAACCUCUUGAUUGGGUUAACAACUCUUCCGACGACCUUCCUGUUGUUGUCAGGUCUUGUCAGUUCUCGGAAUUGUUUUCGCGGCUACGUAAGUGAGAUCAAAGUAAAGAAAUAAGUGACGCAAAGUCUUAAGAGAUAAUUAACAAACUUUGAUUGACAUGUUUUGCGGAAAAAUCCUAGACGACAUAUUUUUUUUUUCAUUCUUGUUUACUUCUGAAAAAUUACAGAUGAAGCGUGUAAUUUAUUCUAAUUUAUCCCAUUAAUUUUUUUCCCGAGAAUUGACUCGAGUGGAAUGCUCACCCAUGAUCUUCCUGUUUACUUCGUGCUUUUGCCAGUCUCCCUAAAGUUCGCUGCUAUACAUUUUAGAGAUCUUUAGAGGGCGCAAGAAACGUAGUCGCACCAAAAAAACGAAACGGUUUGGCUGAAUUCUUUGUGAAAGAUGGCGACGACUCCCUUUUCGCUCGAAGGCCUGCUUCUUUACAUGACAGAAACGUUCACUGCCGGAGUAAUCCAGUCUUAUCAGGGACAGGGAGUGCUUGAGAACGCUCCGUUGAUACAACGCCAGGAUCCUUUGGAUGAUUUCAAAAAGUUCGAUCAGAAUGACACGAUAUUUCAAGAAUACGACCCACCUCUGGGAGACGACAGCAAAAUGGGUUGGAAAAAAUCUCGACCGCCAAAAUGGUGGAUGUCGCUUUGGAAGGCCGUGAAACACGCAUUUUUGAUACAGAUUUGUGGCGGUGUGUCGCUUGGUUCGCUGGCUAUUUUGAUAUUGAUUCUGGACUUCAAUUCCGUAGAUCUUUGCUUUGAUAUGCAGUCUACAAACUGGACCGCCCUUCCCAAGAAAGCGCAGGCAGUGAUGGUUACCGCAGCGACUACCGAAGCCUACUUUGUUCAAUUAUGGACAUUUCUUCUCGUGUUGGUGAUGUUUGGCUGGCAUGUGAUCAAGAAGCUCAAUCUCCUGAUCCUAAAUCUGCUUGGGGCGUUCAUUGACACUUGCUACAGACUUUACCUACAUAUUUACGGAAUUUACAAGAGGCGCUGGAUGUCGUUUCCCCUGAACGGUUUGUUUGUGUCGAUUCUGCUUAUGAAUAGUUUAAUCAUCGGAAGAGAAGUAGCGGCAAACACCGAAACCGAGAGAUCAAAGAAAAUGAGAAAAACCUUAAAGGUUACUGCAAUGCUCACUGCUCAAUUCGCUUUUGGAAUCCCUAUCACUUUUUAUCUCGUGUACAAACUGGUCCCUCUGUAUGGCGAAGCGAAUGAAAUCUACAGAGCUGUCAUCGCUGGCGCGCUCCCCUUAGUAACAGCUAUACCAAAGGUCAUCGUACGUUUGGCGGCACAGAGAAUCGAUUUCAUUCACCCUGGCGACGCGCACGUCCUGUUAAACGUUCUGUACACCGCGUCUGCUAUCGUUUUCCGUGUCAUGCAAGCAGAGCUCACAAGUCUUGAACUGUUCAUUCUGCUGAGCUUCGCCCACGGCGCUGUGGACUUGCUAGAAAGGCUUACCAUUGUCGUGCGAGAUUAUCUGUGGUACUACAUUUACAAAAAACUUAAACGAGACGGCAUAGAGACGAUCACCACUGCAGAUAAAUUUCGCACCCCCAGAAGCAUGCGCUUUAUCGCAGACAUGAGCAUUCAGAUGAUUCUCGGAGAAUCGACAGCGUUAAUGGCAGCGGUCGGCUUCAUCCAGCUGUAUAAAUUCAUGUAUCCUGCCGAUCUGUCCUCUAACAACAUGCAUUAUAUCACGCAGUUCUUUUAUCGCGUUUCCAUCGCCCUUAGCAUUGAUUUCGUUUUCAAUUCGUUCUCGUUUUGGCUGCAGAUGUCAUAUUUAAACAUCGCUGUGGUGCGGGUUUGGAAGAAGAAAUGGAGGAAACACAUGCUUGUGGCUUUCAUCCUGACCGCCGUAACAUUGUGUUAUUUCACGACUCAUUUGUUCGCCGUCGUGGAAGCCAAAAACGCUCCAGGAGUGAAAAAGCAUAAUUUGAAUUGUACAGGUCCAUUUGCAAUGUUCUAGCUCAUUCACGUAUCACUACCGCUCAGUUUUUCUAAGAAACAAAAAGGUUGAUCUUUUUAACCAAGCUUAAUUCAGAUAAUGCGAUCGAAAAUAAGAUUUCAAUCUAAAAUCCAGAUCCGAAGAUGGAUCGUUUAGAUUGGAAACCAAAGCUGAUUGUAUCAUUCCAUGGUGUUUCACUUCAGCGAACUUUGCAAAUUUGAAAACGCAGAAAUUUGAAAACGUAGCGUUAUAUUUCUUCUCAUUUUCUCCACAUCGUUGGAAAAAUGUAUUCAUUUAAUGAAUAGUGUAGAGAUGGUUUGUUCAACAAUUAUGUGAUUCUGCCUUGAAGUAAUGUAAGAACAUGUUUUGGUAGCAACCAAUAACCCAAUUUCUACUGCUGUGUAUGAAUUUAAGGCCCCGUCUACACUACGCCGGAGAAAUUUGAAAACGCAGCUUCUUUUUCUACGGUUAGGCCUACCGUUCACACUAAUCCGUCACGAACGAAGCUUUUCGAAAACGUUCUUCAAACCGGAGGAAUUUGAAAACGCCAGCUCUGCAUUUCAGUCUGGACGGAAGACAUUUUAAAAGCGGAGCUUUUCAGAAACGGCUAGCUUACGAUAACCGCGUGAUUUCCCUGGCCGAGUUCCCUCAAACACAAAUCCAAAAUGACGGGUGAUCGUUGCAUUUUCAAAUUUCUCCGGAGUGGUGU